CAGUGUGUAGCUGUUGAGCCGAACAGAAGCAGCAGCAAGAGCAAUAUCGACAGCAACAGCAACAGAAACUGCGAAGCCCAAAGAGACGCACUAUCGACAUUGCAGUUGACUGAACACCAUACUGAAAAAAGAAAGAAUAUAAUAAAAGCAGUUACAUACAUUGUGAAUACAGUGAAGUGACAAACAAGAGAAGAACAAGAACGCAAACAGAGUGAACAUUUAUUCCAUACAAUAUCAAGUGAUAAACGAACAUAUAAUGGCCACAUUAUCAUCACAUCCCAACUACGGCUUCCAUUUGGGCGCCGGUCAGGGCUUGGAGCUACCCUCCCCUGGCGACUAUGCUUCCCAGGGCCUGGGCAAUGCCCAGCUCAGCCCCAGCAUGGACAUGGAUAUUAAGCGCGUAUUGCACUACUCACAGAGCGGUGGAUUGGCCGCUAGUCUAGCAGCCAUGGGCGGAUCCCCGGGCGGCGGUCCAGGCGGUGUCAGCAGUCAAGCAGCCAACAACAUGAGUCACCACAUGGCGCACCACAUGCACAACGCCGUGGCUGCUCAGCAGACCCUUUCACCCAACAGUUCCAUUGGCUCCGCCGGCAGCUUGGGCAGCCAGAGCAGCUUGGGCAGCAGUGGCAUGGGCGGCGGCCUGGGCAUGGGUACACACGGCUCGGGCGUGGGCUCUGGGGCUGGCAACAGCUCCAUGCACAGCUUGGCCACGUCGCCUGGCCAGGAGGGCCACAUCAAGCGUCCGAUGAACGCAUUCAUGGUUUGGUCGCGUCUGCAGCGUCGUCAAAUCGCCAAGGAUAACCCCAAGAUGCACAAUUCCGAAAUCUCGAAACGUCUGGGCGCCGAAUGGAAGCUGCUCGCGGAGUCGGAGAAGCGUCCUUUCAUUGACGAGGCCAAGCGCCUGCGUGCGCUGCACAUGAAGGAGCAUCCGGACUACAAGUAUCGCCCACGUCGCAAGCCCAAGAACCCACUGGCCUCAGGGCCCCAGGGCGCACUCCAGAUGCAGAGCAACAUGAACAUGAACAUGAACAUGAACAUGAAUAUGAACAUGAAUAUGGCACAACAGAAGCUGGGAGCAGCUGGCGCUGGUCCAGCGGGCGGUGGCUACAAUCCCUUCCACCAGCUGCCGCCGUAUUUCGCACCCUCACACCAUCUCGAUCAGCCGUACCCAGUGCCCUACUUCACCGGCUUUGAUCCGUUGGCGCUGUCGAAGCUGCACCAGAGCGCGGCGGCCAACAACCAGACGCACAAACACCUGGAGGCGCAGCAAGCGUCACAGUUGCCGCCCACCUCGUUGAGCAGCUUCUACUCCGGCAUCUAUUCGGGCAUCUCGGCGCCCUCGCUGUAUGCCGCCCACUCCGCGAACGCCGCCGCCGCCGGACUCUACACCUCAUCCUCGACAUCCUCGCCGGGCUCCUCACCCGGCACCAUCACGCCCAACGGCAUGGACGGCUCAAUGGACAGCGCCCUGAGGCGGCCGGUGCCAGUGCUAUAUUAGGCAGAUUGGGCGGACCGCACUGUCCCAGAGUAAAGUACAAUUUGCAUUGUUGACGCGUUCCCAAAGUGAUCCAACUGGUUUUAAAUCUUUAAAAGCUCUAUGUAAGCCAAUUACAAUCUAGUAGUUCUCUAUCAUUGUAUUUCUCGCCCUCUAUGAAGCAACGCUCGCAAAACUCUAGUACAAUCUUUGCGCAA